UUGUCAUUGGCUGCUAAGAUGCAAGGUUCCACAACGAUAACUAAUGUACGAGGCCCCAAUUGGUUGAUAUAAUACACAUCGAUACAGGAUGGUACAUCGGUAACAUUGAGUCAUCCUGGAAAUUCGACUUGAUCGAGCAUCAUCGAUGGAUUCGAGCUGUCAGAUGGAGUGCGACGAUACGAGGCUUUUGGAUGCUUCAUCAGUUGACUCACUUGGACGAUCCGUGUGUGGAAGGUGAAUCAAGUUCCAGCCACAUUACAGAGACUGCGUUAGUGCCGUAAAUCCUGUAAGGUCUCCAUUAUUCGCCAUCAUCCAUGCAUUUGAUCUCAUCUUAAGAACCCCUCACGAUUCGACUGAAUCGCAAGAAUAUCCUCCGUUCAAACUCUCCUCUUGAAAAUCUUUGCAGUAUUUGUGUGGAAAUCACCUCAUUUUCUCGAUGACUGUGGGAAAGCAGCCUCAGCCGCAACGCGAGGUGGACGAGUCAACGCCUCUGUUGAAAGACAAUCACUCAAAUCCCCAAUCCACUGGGCUGACCGCCGAAGAUGAAUCCGCCAUCCUCGAUCUUGCUCGAGUGAAUUCCAUUCCUCAGGGCGUGGAUAUUGAACCAGACCUAGAGAGAAUCCCCUCGGCUGAUGUCGCCAGCAAAAAAGCCACUGAAGACCCAGAAUGUAGCCAGAAAGAAGAUACCGGCUAUGCGUCUCGAUUCAUCAACGUGUCGCCCAUGCGAUUCUGGCUGAUCUUCUCUGGUGUCUUGCUGGGCUAUGUGAUUGGAUUCUUCGAUUCGACGCUGAUGGCUUCGAGUCAUCCGGUCAUCACUUCUGAAUUCCAUGCCUCCAACUCGGCGUCGUGGCUGUCAACUGCUUUCCUCUUGACUUCUACUGCGUUUCUUCCUCUGUUUGGACGUAUCUCCGACACUGUCGGCAGGAAACCGGCUUAUCUCUUCGCCAUUGCUGUUUUCUUCAUCACCACUGCUUGGUGUGCCGCCGCGCAGAGUAUUGGCAGCUUCAUUGCCGCCCGAGCGGUUUCUGGAGUCGGUGCGGGUGGUGUCUUCUCCAUGGGCAUGAUUCUGUCCAGCGACCUGGUUCGCAUUGAAUAUCGCGGAGUGUACCAGUCAUACAUCAACCUUUGCCUUGGUACCGGUGGUUGUCUAGGUCUCGCGUUUGGAGGGUACUUGGUUGACCGGGUAGGAUGGAGAGGUGCGUUCCUUGUGCAACUGCCUUUCAUCUUUGUGUAUUUCUUGGUGGCCGCCUGGACAACCCCGAGCGGACUGGGGCUGAAGCAGGCCAACGCACAACGGAUGACCGUGUUACAGCUGCUCAAGAACAUCGACGUGGUGGGCUCGCUGCUUCUUGUCGGGAGCGUAACGACAUUGAUCAUGGGUCUCAAUCUGGGCGGUAACGUUUUCAGCUGGACACACCCCCUCGUCAUUUCCUCCUUGAUCCUGUCUGUGGUCCUAGGAAUCUUCCUGGUGAGAUAUGAGCGUGGCGUGGAGCGGCCCGUGAUGCCAAUAUCCCUCCUAUCGAGCCAACCCCGGGCGAGUCUGAUCUUCGGAAACUUCUUUGGCGCCAUCGCCGUCAACACCAUGGUCUUUAAUGCCCCCCUGUACUUCCAGGCUGUGAAAUUGGCUACCCCCACAGAAUCAGGUCUCAAACUGGUCUCGGCCACUCUAGCAGUGACGGUAUCCAGCGUCUCAACCGGGUUCCUAAUCACCUGGUCGAAACGCAUGAAGCCAACCGUGCUGAUCGGCGGGUUCCUCCUCUUCCUGGGAGGUUGUACCGCUGCCUCAAUGGGCGUCGAUACCUCUGAUGCCGUCGCGAUGGUCUGCAUUUCCUUAUCCAGUCUCGGCCAGGGCUUCUCGUUCCCCUCGUUGAUGGUAUCUGUUCUCGCUACCAGUAAACAAGAGGACCAGGCCGUGGCUACGACGACGCUGGGCCUCUGGCGGAAUCUGGGCUCUGUGAUGGGCGUAUCCAUUAGUAGCUGGAUCUUCCAGAAUACACUCUCCUACCAACUCGAUGCGCAGGUGACAGGUCCCAACAAGGAUGAUGUUAUUCUUCUCGUUAGAAAAUCGGUUCAAGCUAUUGCAGGCUUGGAUCCGUUGCAUCGGCAUGAGGUGAUUGGCGCAUACUCUGCCGCCCUUCGUAUGACGUUCGUCUCAGCGGCAGUUUGGGGAGGUAUCAUGUUUGCCUUGCAUCUCCGAGUGCGAUUGCCACGACUGGGCACCAAGGCUUGAGGUGGUAUAGAACUGCGUAAGUGCAUUGAAAAGUUUUCAUAGAAUGUCUUUUUGCAUGUGCAUUGCAUUGGAGGAGCCACUGCUCCAUUCCUAACGAUCUUAUGAUUCAGCUAAUGCUAGCUAUCAUGAAAUAAAAGUUUAUGUGUUUUUCUAGAUGUCUGUAUAUAAAACAUAACAAAUAUCGAUAGACAUUUAGAUUAUCAACAAAUAACACUAAAUACUACUCAAAUAGUAUAAAAUAAAUCUAAAUCUCAAAAGAAUCCAACCACCCCCCAAUCUGCCUCGCUCUACCCACCGCAUCCUCCAAACUCACAUACCCAUCUUCCCUCCCCUCCGCAAGAUUAACCAAACUCCUCAGCACCGAUCUCGCAGGGACAGAAACCUCCAGUUGCGCCUCG